AUUUAUUUACUUAUCUACUGCCAGUGUUUGUUUGCCUGGCGAGUUUUCAACAAGUUUCGGUGGCAUAAUUUGAAACUAAUUUUAUUUAAUUUCUGUUGAGUGUGUGCAUGUGAUUUAUCUUAUAGAAAAAUCAAAGCAAAUAUAGGUAACGGUUCCUUUCGCAAUUAGCCUGAUUAAAACGUCGAGAUAAAAAAAUACUCAAAGAGACAAAAACGAAAUCAAAGCACUUGAAAACAAAGUGAAAGAAAGAACAUUUCAUUAAUUUUUACCGAAAAUUAUCCAAAAAAUUUGUUCAGUUAUAAACCACAAAAGGCCCAGCAGCAGCCGCAGCCGCAUCAGAGGAAAAACUAUACUGUGCUGCAGAAAGGAAACUACAAUAGACAAAGUGUAUCAAUUAUAAUACGGGUGCCAGGCAGGCGAAGCCACACGUUGGCAACUCUAGCAACUCCGACGGCGACGGCGACAAAGAACGAUGGCGACUGCAACCACAAUUACCUCAGAUCCGGGCAUUCUCUGUUUUCAUCAUUGCACCGUAAAAGUUUUCUGCUUCACUUUGCCGCACACUUGCCCCCAUUGCAAUGCGCAACUGGAUGCGGAUGUGGAUGCGGAUGGCCAGACUACACACACCACAGCAGGAAGAAGAGUGGCCACCACAAGACUAUUGCCAUUUCGACUGCCUUAUCCCUUUGUGCGAGCCACGCAACAUCCGUGUGCAAUUGUCCUCAGGCCAUCAACUGGUGACUUUCUCAACGAUUACAACAAUUCCACCGAUUUGCAUAUCGCAGUGACCACAUCCGCCGGCGACAUUGUUGAAUUUGAUCGGUAUGGACUACAGCGGCAUCGACGCGAUGAUAAUCCCCACGAAUGGUCACAAUCCCUACUAGUUGGUGAUGUACCCGAACCCUGGUACGAUUAUUGGGAUGAUGUUCUCGAGCAGAUUUGUUCUCAGUCAUGGCAAUGGUCCAUUGCCUGCUAUGAGGAAUCCACCCACAAUUGUUAUGCCUUUGUCCUGGCCUUCCUGCAGGCCCUGGGCCAUGCACAGCUCAGUGAGGCGGCGCAUAGUAAAACCACUUUCUGUGAGAAAUACAUUGUGCCCAGGACGACAACGGCUGGCAAAUAUAUUUCACUCUAUCGCAAGUUGCGUCAGUCUGGCAUCUAUGUGCAUCGUCAGCAGAGCAGGAUGAAAUCUAGCCAGGACUCGUCCAACUCCGCUGGCUCUGAUGAUGAUGUCUGCGAUGGUAUUAGAAAUUCAACCAAAGUCUCAAUAAAUGCGUUUACAAACAACAGUAUUAAGGGCAUGGGAUCACGUUUGCGUCACAAGUUGUGCACAAUUGAGGAGUAAUUCAAUCAGAGAGAGAAAGAGAUCCUGGAAAAGUAAGUGAUAAAGAUUCAGAUGGAAACACAAUUCAAUCUAUAAAUAUAACUAGUAUAUAUAUUUGUCCUGUA